GGAAGCGCUGGCUGUGAGGUCACGGGCUCUGACCCGGAAGCGGAAGUGUCUGUCUGACAUCGGAGACCGGAAACCGCGAGCAAUGGAGAGUGAGUAUUCUGACCCUGAUCUGGCUGGAGUUGGGGAGGCGGAAAAUGGCGAGAAUGCACCAGUGUACUGCGUGUGCCGCAAACCAGACAUUAACUGCUUCAUGAUUGGCUGUGAUCAUUGUAACGAGUGGUUCCAUGGAGACUGCAUUAACAUCACAGAGAAGAUGGCCAAAGCCAUUCGGGAGUGGUACUGCAUGCAGUGUCGAGAGAGGCAUCCACACCUUGAAAUCAAAUACCGCCACAAAAAGUCCAAGGAAAGGGAGCGAGAACCUGAGAGAGAGGAGAGCGAGGAGAACCUAAAAAAUGAACGCAGGAAGAACAGCUCCAGCAGCAGCAGCAGACAACAGAUCAAGCGAUCAGCACGCAUGUGUGGGGAAUGUGAGUCAUGUUGUCGAACUGAGGAUUGCGGUCAGUGUGACUUCUGCAGAGAUAUGAAGAAGUUUGGAGGCCCCAAUAAGAUUCGGCAAAAAUGCCGACUCCGCCAAUGCCAAGUGAGAGCAAGGAAAAUGCUGCGUGUGAGAGAUGAUGAGGUUUCAACUUUUAGGGACACACCCGAGCCACCAAGUCUCGCUGAUUCUUUAUCAGAUGAUGAUCUACCAUUGGAUCCAGAGUUGUAUCAGGAACUUUGUGCUGGAGGAGCGUUUGAUGACCAGAAUCUGCCAUGGCUCAGUGAUACAGAUGAUACUCCAUUCCUCGAUUCUGUUCUGAGAAAGAGAGCUGUGAAAGUCAAGCAUGUUAAGAGGCGCGAGAAGAAAUCUGAGAAAAAGAAGGACGAUAAAUAUAAGCGGCACAAACAAAAACAAAGGCACAAGGACAAAGCUAAGCACUCAGAGCGCCUGGAGAACAGGGACUUCUCGUCUCUACGACAGUGUCUCGGACCUAGCUGUGUGCAGCCAGCCCGAGCCACCUCCAAGUACUGCUCUGACGACUGUGGCAUGAAACUGGCAGCCAAUCGCAUAUAUGAGAUCCUUCCUCAGCGCAUCCAGCAAUGGCAGCAGAGCCCGUGCAUUGCUGAGGAGCAAGGAAAGAAGCUUUUGGAAAGGAUCCGGCGAGAGCAACAACAGGCGCGCACCAAACUUCAAGAGAUGGAGCGGAAAUUUCACGAGUUAGAGGCCCUUAUCAGUAAGGCAAAACAACAGCAUGUUCGUGAAGAUGAAGAGACCAAUGAUGGCGACAGUGAUGACAACGACCUGCAGAUCUUUUGUGUGUCCUGUGGGCACCCUGUGAACCCUAAAGUUGCUUUAAGACACAUGGAGCGCUGCUAUGCCAAGUAUGAGAGCCAGACGUCCUUUGGUUCCAUGUACCCUACACGAAUCGAAGGGGCCACACGGCUUUUUUGUGAUGUUUACAAUCCGCACAGUAAGACUUACUGUAAACGGCUUCAGGUUCUUUGUCCAGAGCACUCCCGUGACCCAAAGGUGUCUGCCGAUGAGGUUUGUGGGUGCCCUAUGGUAAAGGAUGUCUUUGAUUUGACUGGUGACUUUUGCCGAGUCCCGAAGAGGAAAUGUAACAGACAUUAUUGCUGGGAAAAGCUGCGGAGAGCUGAGGUGGACCUUGAGCGUGUCCGUGUGUGGUACAAGUUGGACGAGCUGUUUGAGCAGGAACGCAAUGUCCGUAUGGCGAUGACGAACAGAGCUGGGCUCCUGGCUUUAAUGCUUCACCAGACGAUUCAGCAUGACCCGGUUACCACGGACCUGCGCACACACACAGAACGCUAACAUGAUGCCCGGCAGCGACGGCAUUUUAUAUCACUCUUCAAAUAACACCUUUUUUUCUUUUUUUAACCGAUAUUAUUAUUAAACAAUGUUUUUGGAUUCUUUAACAUAGUUUGAUGAGCAGAUUGUAUUGAUCCUGUUAGGUUUGGUGUUUUCUUGUUCAGAAUAUGUUUGUAUAUACGUGCUCCCAGACUCUUUACCUGGUUCCUCUGUCAUUAAAUGAUGCAGUCUCA